AACUCAUAGCAUUAAUAAAUAAUAAAGCCAAUAUGGAUCAAGAGGAAUUGCAAGGUAAAAUAGACCAGAUUUAUAAGGUCUUGACAGAUUUAAAGAAGAAGCAUUCUAAGAAGAAAAUAAGCUGGUUGAUGAAGAUAUCAGAUAAAUCAUUCGGCCUUGUUGAAGCCCUUGUAGAUAAUUUCAUGCUCAACAUUGAGGAGGGGGAAUAUUCGACUAAGAUUCUAAUGAUCUUGAGACAACUGUGAGAGUACUGACCUGACCUUAUAUUCGAUCAGCUUCUUAGCUGAUCAAAGCUACCUGAAGCGCUUGCUAGUUAUAUUCUCAAGACUCCUCUCGAGGACAUGACUCCUGACGCUUUCUUACUAAUCACUGAGUUUUUCAAAGGUGGAGAAAAUUUAGAAAUAUUGGAGAACAAUGAGUUGGUCGACAAACUUUUUGAAACUUUGACGAUUAUUAACAAAACUCAUUACUUUGACGCUGUUGUGACUAUCCUCCUGACUCGGUUUGAGAUGUACUGUACCAGCAAAGAUUCAUCCGAAGAAAUGAAUGAAGAGACACAGACAUUUAUAGAGAAAAUAAAGACUCACAGAUCAGGUAGGAUGUUCGUUGAAACUAUGAUUCACCUCUUAAAUCGAAGAGGAGCCGAAGGACAGAAAACUAUCAAAUGAUUGUCCCAUUUGAUAGGCAGUGAGAGGAUAUACAGUAACGAUCUUUCUCUUCUUGGGGAUAUCUUGGAAGACGAGAUAGACAAGGAUGCCACAGAGGAGAACAGAGGCAAUUUAGAACACCUUCUGGAGUUAGUGCAGCAGAGAAAAAUUAUUUUAGAACAAGAGUAAAAGUUGAUACUUUUGGUAAAAAUCUAUGCAGUAGGGGUGCUUA